AGAACUUCGCAGAGUCCAUAAUGAAAACACCCAGAAGAUGUAGUAAUGGUCCCCAACUUGGAUGGCUUUACAGUGAAGAUUAGACAGACACAUGGAGCAUAAGGCUAUCAGUGUCUGCUAACCACAAUGGCUUUGUUCUUCCUCCACUGUUGGAGGCAGUAUGUCUCUGAACACCAGGUGCUGGGGGUCACAAGUGGGGAGAGUGCUCUUUGACUCAUGUCCUGCUUGUGGGCGUCCCAUAGGUAUUUAGUUGGUCGCUAUGAGAACAAGACUAUGGAAUGAAGAGCUUUUGGCCUGAUCGUGCAGGGCUCUCCUUACGUUCUUAAUAUCAUAUGGAUCCUGCCCCUCAGUUGCUUUGUUUUCUACAAAGGCAAAGGCCCAGAGAUUGUGUAUUGAUGACUGGAAUGCAUAAGCAGUUUUUGAGAGACAAAUUGAUUCAUCUAAUAAUACUUGGAGUGCAGACAAGGCACACUCAGGCUGCUCCUUUGGCCCAGAGGCAACUCAUCAGCAUUUUAGUGCACAUUUCUCCAGAUGUAGUGUUUUGUGUGCAACAUUCCCCAAUAUACACAUUUUUGUAUGCCCACUUCACUAACAUAGUGCGUUUCUAUGCACACUUUCUCCUAAUGUUUAUAUAUUUUGGCACACAUCAUUUCACUGCAUUGCAAAAUGCAGAGAUGUGUGAAUUUCAAAGAAUAUCGAUUUCAGUUUGUGCUGUAUCAGGAAGUGCAAAUUAGGGAGUAAUCAUGUCAAAGUGCAAUCUGAAUUGAAAUUAUCCCCCAUCCAAACUUCCCCCCUUUGUUCAACGCCUAAAGUUCACAGUGACCGGCCCUGGUAGAAUUGUGACAUCAGAGGAAAAUCAGCCAAUCGCUGCCUUCCUCUUUGUCCCUUCCUAUUCCCUCAUUCAGGCAGGGCUUGAUUUACUAGCCCAUUGAGCAAGGCAAUGCUGCUCACAGUGAAGAGGCUGCUUGGGCAGCAGUGCCGCCUUCAGGUGUCUGGUGAGGAGAGGAUCUCUCUGGUGAAAAGCCUGGUGUGUGAAGAGCUCAAUGUCCCCGAGAACCAGCAGACCCUGUUGUUCCAGGGGAAAGUGCUGGAGGGGGAGCACAAAUUAUCAGACUAUCUCAUUGGCCCAGAGUCCAUCCUCUAUCUGGUCAUUAAAAAACCUGAGCAAGCUCGUCCUGAGGAGCCCUCAAAGCCGACCGCUGCCCAGCCCCACUCAGUGUGGUAUCGACUCUCGCAAGUCCUGGAGAAACAUUUCAGAACUUCCGACGCAGUGAGGGUUCUCGAGCGGGUGCUGAACGACUACUACAAAGGCCUUGGCUUGCUGAGCCUGGAAAACAUCGAAGAGUUAGCAGGGGACCUCCUAAGUCCUGAGGAGGGUGAAGGUGAACCGGUGGCUACAGGUGAGCUCCCCCAGCAAGAGGGGCACCCCACAGCCCCAGUGUCUGAAUCCAGGGAGGAUAAAGCGACCCAGACUGAGCCACAAGAAAUGCUAGGAGGAAGGUGGUGCUGGAAGAACUCUUGAGUAGACUUAUUUAGAGAGGUCUAAGCGAAAAUUAAAAUAGUGAUGGUGUAUGGAA